AUGUCGGACUCUCUUAUCUUCCGUGGCACCCUCGAGGGUCACUCUGACUGGGUCACUGCCAUCUCGGUCUUCCCCAACGAUGCCAACAAGCUUAUCACCUCUUCUCGUGAUAAGACCCUCAUCAUCUGGGAGCUGACCCGCGAGGAGGAGUCCUUCGGUCUGCCCACCAAGAGCCUGAAGGGCCAUAGCCACUUCGUCUCCGACGUUGCUGUCUCUUCCGACGGCCAGUUCGCCCUGUCCGCCUCUUGGGACAAGACCAUCCGCCUGUGGAACCUCGCCCUCGGCGAGACCUCCCAGACCUUCAUCGGCCACACCGGUGAUGUCCUGUCCGUCGCCUUCUCCGCCGAUGACCGCCAGAUCAUCUCCGGCUCUCGCGACUCCCAGGUCAAGGUCUGGAACACCCGCGGUGAGAACAAGUUCACCCUCACCGAGAACGGCCACACCGACUGGGUCAACUGCGUCCGCUUCAUCCCCCCCAGCGCCGACCCCAAGGCCCCGGUCUGCUUCAUCUCCGCCUCCGCCGACAAGACCGUCCGCACCUGGAACAUGAACACCCUGCAGAUCCGCUUCAACCAGAAGGGCCACAACGGUGGUGUCAACACCGUCGCCGUUUCUCCCGAUGGCUCCCUCGUCGCCUCCGGUGGCAAGGACUGCCAGGCCAUGCUCUGGGACCAGAACGAUGCCAAGCACCUGUACUCCCUCGACUCCAGCGAGCCCAUCAACGCCCUCGCUUUCUGCCCGAACCGCUACUGGCUCGUCGCCGCCGCCGGCUCCUCCAUCAAGGUCUGGGACCUGGCCACUCAGGACCUCCUGCUCGACAUGACCCCCCAGUUCGCCAACCUCGGCAAGCGCUCCAUCGCCCCCCAGGCCGUCUCCCUCGCCUGGUCCAACGAUGGCGAGCUCCUGUUCGUCGGCUACACUGACAACCUUGUCCGUGUCUACUCCGUCUCUUCCAGCGUCAUCGCCUAA